UAUACAGUUAUAGUCAUUUUACAUAGACUCAUAAUGGGCAUGAAUGUCAUGUAAUGGUCAUGGUACACUGCACAAAGUGGGUGGAGUAACAAACAAAGAGGAUUACUUAUGAAUUCUUCAACUUAACCUCAGAUCAACAUCUUCAUGGUUGAAACUUGGACACAAUUUGAUAUUCCAAUGGGACAAUUUUCCCAAACACACAUCAAAACUAGUUUUGCAAUGGAUAAAGCAGGCUUAAGAGUCAUGUCUUUGUCUGGAAACCUACCAAUUUAAAUGAACUCUUAUCAAUUCUCCAUGCCAGAAGCUUGAUGGCUACCAGAAGCAUCUGGAUGAGGUGCAACUUGCUAAGGGACAUUGGAGACUGUUCUCUUUGUUUCAGGGACAGAUGUGGUUGUUUUUGCUGCGAAGAUGUCUCAGAAAGCAACCAGUCCAGCUCCAUCGCUCAUAGCUCACCUUCAUUCAGAGUCACAUAAACAGAGCAUCCUGAGCAAAUUCGACAGGCUCAGGAAAAGGAACCUGCUGUGUGACAUCACACUUGUUGUAGAGGAUGUGCAGUUCAAGGCACACAAAGCCCUGCUGGCAGCAAGCAGUGAGUACUUCUCCCGCAUGUUCACAUCAGAAGAUCAGAUCCAUCAGUCCACCUCCCGGCUGGAUGGUAUGGCAGCAAAGAUGUUUGCAGCAGUGCUGGAGUUCAUCUACAGUGCCCAGGUGUCUGUGGAGGAGAGCGCCACAGAACAGCUCCUGGCCACGGCUCAUUUUAUGGGGGUCAGUGACCUUGUCAAAGUGCUCACUGACCUAACCCACUCUGCAACAGGGGUCAAAGAUGAUGAUGCUGAAGCAGACAAAGCUGAGGAUGUAGAGCUGUUGAAACGCAAAAGAGGGAGGCCAAAGAAGAAUGUAGGUCUGCCUGUAAUAGACUUGGUGGGGAGAAGAGCACCCUCAGAAACUGAGUCACAAGCUAGAGAUAACGACCCUGGAGCACACCAAAGCCGGCAGAGCAAACGCAAAAUCAGACCACCGGUAAAAUAUAAGGGUUACAAGGUGGGUAGUGACACAGCAGGAGGCAAAGAGCCUGGAAAGAGAGGCAGGAAGAGGAAAUACCCUGACACUGAGGCACGAUGUGAGGACUGUGGAAAAGUCUUUAAAAGCCACCUGUUUUUAAAGAUUCACCAGCGGACUCACACAGGAGAGAAGCCUUUCCAUUGCAUGGUUUGUGGGAAGAGUUUUACCCAGAAGCACACUCUGCUGGCUCACCAGCGCAUGCACACUGGAGAAAAGCCAUUUGUUUGUACUGUCUGCUCUAAAGCGCUUUCCACCAAACACUCCUUACAGGAGCACAUGAACCUCCAUGAAGAAGAGAAAUCGUUUGAUUGUGAUAAAUGUGGAAAGGCCUUCACUCAAAAAAGGCAGCUUAAAAGCCAUUACAGAGUUCAUACAGGCAAAUCAUUACCAGAAUGUGCUCAGUGUCAUCACAAGUUUAUGGAUGCAGCUCAACUGAAAAAGCACCUGAGAACUCACACAGGUGAGAAGCCUUUUACUUGUGAGAUCUGUGGAAAAUGUUUUACAGUCAAGAGCACACUGCAGACUCACAUCAGGAUUCACAGAGGCGAGAAGCCUUAUAACUGCAACAUCUGCAAGAAGUCCUUUUCAGACCCCAGUGCCAGACGACGACAUGUUGCCUCCCACUCGGGGAAGAAACCGUUCACCUGCUCUUUCUGCAGCCUUUCAUUUACACGCCUGGACAAUCUAAAAACACACACCAAAUCCCACAACAAGGAGAGAGCUGCCACAGGAGAGGCCUCAUCAGAUGCCGCAGCAAAAGAUGGCUCGGCAGCCCCGCAGGAGGAGGUGCGGAACAUCCUUCACCUGCAGCAGUACCAGAUGCCCCCCAGCUCUGAACAGGAGAUCCAGCUGGUGGUGACAGAGGAUGUUGACCACAUUAACUUUGUCCCAGGUCACGACCAUGAGAUCAGGCUCAUCAGCACAGAGGAAGAGACGGCACAGUCAGACCCCUCUAAAAUCACUCUCCUCAGCCGGCCGCCAGGGAACAUGCAGAACGUGGCACUGGUCACUCAGGGUGAUGUGGCGGGCCAGACCUCUCACAUCCACACUAUCAGCAUGCUGCAGGGUCAGAUGAUGCACCAGGCUGAGCAGAUGCAUGUCAUCACUCUGAGUAAAGAGGCAAUGGAGCAGCUACAGGCUCAUCACGGUCCUCCACAGCCCUUUCAGAUAACACGUCCCAUCCAACAGCUGCAGGUGAUGCAUCAGCCGAUCCAGCAGCUGGCUGUUGCUCAGGAGACAACGGAGGGGCAGGUGAGCAGGGAACAAAAUAGCCAGGCUAUUAAUGUUAGCAGUCAGAGCAGCCAACCCAUCUCCAUCAGCCAAACCAGCGAGCAGAUCUCCAGCCAUCAGAUCCAAGGACAGACAUUUCAAAUCCAGUCAGGAACUGUCUCCUACCUGUACACCACUGGACUGCCACAGGAGAGCUGAGUGAUCUGGACAACCAUGAGCAUAAAUCUGAGGGUGCUACAGUGGACAUCAAUUAUUGGCAAAAUGACCAUAGUCAGUGUUAGCAGUCUUAAAGGAGAAAUUUUGUAUUUUCAUUAAAUAAUUUUUUGAUAAAGAAAAU